AAUAAAAAUAAGAACGGUUUGAUUGAAACACACACACUUGAGGGGAAAAAAAGAAAGAGAGAAGAAAAAAGAAUUUCCACUCUCUAUACGUUCAAUUGAAUGUAUCUAUACAUGGAGAGAGAAAUCUGAAUCCUCGUUUUCCUUUUUGUACUAUCCGAUGUUGUAAUAUGAACACACUGGAAAGAAAUGGUCGAAUCUGAAUCCGACAUUCGGUUUCUAUUCUGAUCUUUGUUUCGAUUUCUAAACCUAAAUCGUCUCUUCUUCAAUGAAGUGAAAAAAAUUAAAAAAAAAAAAUUAGUUGUUAUUUCCUGAUUUUUCCUUUCUUUUUGUUGCUUCGAGAAGAAUGGAUGGCGGUGAUGGUGGUGGUGGGGAGGUGGCAUCAGCUGCGGCAGGUCCACCUACGCCGCUCGAGUGGAAAUUUUCUCAGGUCUUCGGCGAGCGGUCAGCCGGCGAAGAAGUACAGGAAGUUGAUAUCAUCUCUGCAAUUGAGUUCGAUAAAACUGGUGACCAUCUUGCUACGGGUGACCGUGGAGGAAGGGUGGUGCUGUUUGAAAGGACGGAUUCGAAAGAGAAUGGUGAAAAUCGGAGAGACUUAGAGAGAAUGGACUAUCCAGUUACUCGACAUCCGGAGUUCCGUUAUAAAACUGAAUUCCAGAGCCAUGAGCCCGAGUUUGAUUAUCUCAAAAGUUUGGAGAUUGAGGAGAAAAUCAACAAGAUCCGGUGGUGCCAGGCAGCAAAUGGUGCCCUCUUUCUUCUCUCUACUAAUGACAAAACCAUCAAGUAUUGGAAGGUCCAAGAGAAGAAAAUCAAGAAAAUAUCUGAAAUGAAUGUCGACCCAUCUAAAGUUGCUGGAAAUGGUAGUGUUGCAAGUUCUAGUAUUUCUUCGAGUCGUAACCAGUGCCUUGCUAAUGGAAGCCGUAAAGAUCGAUCUUUCGACUCUUUGAACAAUGACUUGUUCCCACCUGGCGGCAUCCCCUCACUUCGAUUACCCGUGGUGACAAGCGGUGAGACCAAUCUUCUUGCUAGAUGUAGGAGGGUAUAUGCUCACGCGCACGAUUACCAUAUCAAUUCUAUCUCAAAUAACAGUGAUGGUGAAACAUUUAUAUCAGCCGACGACCUGCGCAUAAAUCUCUGGAACUUGGAAAUUAGCAAUCAAAGUUUCAAUAUUGUUGAUGUCAAACCUACAAACAUGGAGGAUCUGACUGAGGUGAUAACAUCAGCAGAGUUUCAUCCUACUCAUUGCAACAUGUUAGGAUAUAGUUCUUCAAAAGGAUCAAUUCGUCUCAUUGAUUUACGGCAAUCUGCAUUGUGUGAUUCCCAUUCUAAGCUAUUUGAGGAACAAGAGGCACCUGGCUCAAGAUCCUUUUUCACUGAGAUAAUUGCAUCGGUAUCGGAUAUUAAGUUUGCGAGGGAUGGCAGAUAUAUACUGAGUCGUGACUACAUGACUCUUAAGUUAUGGGAUAUUAAUAUGGAUUCUGGCCCAGUGUCAACGUUCCAGGUUCACGAGUAUUUAAGACCGAAGCUAUGCGACUUAUAUGAAAACGAUUCUAUUUUCGACAAAUUCGAAUGCUGCCUGAGUGGUGAUGGUCUUCGAGUUGCCACUGGUUCUUACAGCAAUCUGUUCCGUGUGUUUGGUUGUGCACCUGGUAGUACUGAAGCAACUACUCUCGAAGCAAGCAAAAAUCCUAUGAGAAAGCAAGUUCAGACCCCUUCAAGACCCACCAGAUCAUUAAGCAGCAGCAUAACUCGUGCUGUCAGACGAGGUGCAGAAAGUCCGGUAGUUGAUGCAAAUGGGAACUCGUUCGAUUUCACUACAAAGCUGCUCCACCUGGCAUGGCACCCGUCUGAAAACUCAAUCGCUUGUGCUGCUGCAAAUAGCUUGUAUAUGUAUUAUGCGUAAAAUACCAAUUCUCUAAAAAAACACGCAGGCUUAGAAUGUCAGGUUCCAGAAGAGUGAUGAUUAUAGAAUUCACAAACGGAGCAAUUGUGUGUCUUUGUACCUCGGCAGACAGUUAUAUAUUUCUUUUAUUUUAUUUUUUUUACGUCUUUUGUUCGGAAGAGAAAAAAAAACGAUGCUGCUCUGUUCUUCCCAUGUUCAGUAGAAAAAAGGCUUGGCUUGAAGGAAUGUGAUUUGCAGCACAGCUCUUCCGGACAAAAAAAAAACAUAAACUGAAGAUGUUUUAUAAUGUCACUUAGUUCUGAGGUAAAAUGUAGUCUUACUUUAAAUCUUCUCUCUUGUAGGAUGAUUUUUUGUCCCCCUUUUUUUUUCUUUUUUUAAAUUUUAUUUUUUUAUUUGGAUAUAGAUUUUCAUUUUGUAAAAGUAUUCUUCAACCCUUUGGCUUCUAUUAAUUUGUACAAUAUUUUUCACGUUACGAGGCAAUACGACAUUUGAGCCGAGUAAUAUCGAGGUUUCGUUGAUGCUAAGGUUAGAUUAUGUUGAAUCUAAGAACAAUUACAUCACAUCUGCCUUAGAGAAGUAAAACAUUUGGGAGUGAUCA